UUGUAAGUCUCCAAAACUUAUAUGGGAAUUAUUGUUGUGGGUCAAACAAAUGGACAAAGAUGAUGAUACCUCAAUUUUUGUGAGUCCUUUUGAACAAGAAGCCGUUGUUACUCCAUCUAUCGUCAAAAGUAGUCAGUUUGUAGCACCUGGUGAUGAUAUUUUAUCGCAAGAAAGUGUCGUUCGUGGUCAUGGGACUAUGGUUCAAGGUACAAGACUUACUUCUACAGUAGCUGGUAUUGUAGAACGGGUGAACAAACUCGUGGCAGUUUUGCCGAUACGAGCCCGUUACUCGGCAGAAGUUGGUGACGUCAUCGUUGGUCGGAUUCGAGACAUAGUCUCAAGAAGAUGGAAAGUAGAUGUAAACUCUAGACAGGACGCAGUUCUUCUUCUUUCUGCAGUUAACUUGCCUGGUGGUGUUCAGAGAAGACGGACUUAUGAGGAUGAACUGAAAAUGCGCGAAUUUUUUGAUCAAGAUGAUUUGAUCAGCGCAGAGGUUCAAGAAUUGAAACAAGAUGGCCUUAUUAUGCUUCACACCCGUUCUCUAAAAUAUGGAAAAUUAGAGAACGGCAUAUUUAUAUCUGUUACUCCCCAACUUGUGAAACGUUCCAAGAAGCAUUUUCAUCGUUUGUCGUGUGGAGUACAUAUCAUUUUAGGGGACAAUGGUUAUGUUUGGAUCUACGUAGAUGACGCAGCAUAUGGGGAAGAUGAAGAGGAAGCAAAUUUUUCUAAAAGGCGAGAGAAUGACAAGUCAAAUCUAGAGCAAAGACUAUCACUUAUCCGAGUUCGCAAUUCAAUCUGUAUACUGGAUUUGUAUUUUUUGAGUAUCCAACCAGAAACUAUUAUGCUCAUUUAUGAAGAAACUAUUCGAAGGAAUAUUCCAGUUCAACACAUGCUUCGACCUGACAUUAUCAAUGACAUAUACAGAACGGUCAAGAACACCAAGGAAAUGUAGAUUUAUACGACUAUUUAACUUUGUCAUGGAUUACUCAUAUAAAAAUGACUCUAUUCUAAUAAAAGAGUGUCAAAAAAC